AAUGUCUAUAACUGUAUUAAUGUUAUGAUAUUAUGAGUUGUUUUUGUAAACAUCGAGUGAUUUGUUUAUUGAAAUGGUUUAUCAAAUGUCACAACAAUUGAUGAGUGAUUUGUAUUUGACUGUAAUUUAUAAGAUAUAGUGACCAUUGAGUGCAUGAAGAGGAAGAUAUGGUAUGAAUGAAUUGUACCACAAAUGGUUGAAAUGACAAAUUGAUGUCUUAAUUGAUGUGAUAAUGUGAUUGAUGACUGACUGGUUGGUCCACCAAUUGGUUGUGAUGUAUAUAGACAUCGGUGUGACAGAUGUUGUGAUAUUAUGGCGAAUGAAUUCAAUAAAUUCAAUAUAAAUACCACCGAUGAAGAUAUCAUUAAUGACGAGUUGAUUGACAAACUCUUCCCAAAAUGUCGGCCCAAGAAUAAGACAACCAAUGAGUUUAAUGAUAUCAACAAAAACUAUAGUCUAAGAGAUAAACAUAUUUUGAUUGAUUUGGAUGUUAUCAAUGAUAAUACCAUGAAUGACAACAAAGAUAAAGCUCGUGACAGGGAUUGCGUUCAGCAAACAGACAAUUACAUCAAAAGCAAUUUGACAAACAUUGGCUUCAAAUUGGAUCAACUAUUGUUAUCUCCUGAAGAAGAAUACAAACCAAUGAAUUAUAACUUUUGUAGCAAACCAUCCAUUGGUAGCAAUGAAGAUAUUGAUAGCGACAGACAGUCUAAUAAUGGUAAUGACGUUACUCUAAGAGAGAGUCGCAUUGAGAUCGCCGGCGGAAGAGAGAUAUUCAGCGCAUCGAAGAAUAAAUUUAGUAAAAGAAAACAUUUAUCUCAUCAUAACAUUCAUAAUGAAGACAAAGCUGUUUCUAAUGCGACAAAAUCUAAGAGGAAUAAUACGACACAAACUGUUGUCAAUAACGACAUAUCAGUUGAAUCUAAUUCAACCAUUAACUCAAUGACCACUAACUCAUCAAUUAAUCAAUUACUUCAAUCACCAAUCAGUGAUCUAUUGACUGACUUAAGUAAAGGUAUUGAACACAAACACACACUUACUUCAGGUAUUGUAGUCUAUGAAGACGUGAUUUCAAAUACAGAGUCAGAGAUUAUUUAUGAUGACAUCGAAGAUUUAGAUAAAAAAGAUAUUCAUUUAUCGGUUAAACCGAUAGAGACUAAUAGCAAAAACUCUGAUAACAGUGUCAAAGAAAUAGAUGUCAAUUGUGAUCCUAUAGUAAAAUGCAAUGAAUUGGAGAUUGAAGAAGAAGUUGUCGAAAACAAUUGUAAUGAAAGUGAUUGCAGUAAAGACAGCAUUUCUUUUGGAGACCGUAUAUCAAUCGAUGAUGAAAAUAAAGAGAUCGCUCGAGUGAUCGGAAAUGUUCCAAUUGCUCAAUAUGAAGGAUCUCCCAGAAGAUAUGGACCUAAACCACCCGGUUAUCCUCAAAGAGUUAUUAAUAAUGAUGAGCUUUCGGUAGGUUUAGCCAAUUCUAGUAAUGAAUCCAACAAAGGAUUAGUCGACAUAUCAUGUGAUGAAUUGGUAAAAUCAAUACUUAGUAUUCCCACGCAAUACGAAGACUCGCCAACUAAUAGCUGUACCAAUGCAUCCAACGGUUCAAAGUCACAGUCAUCUGGCAUCCAAAGUGCAGCUGUUAGUGAAUCUGAUAGAAAUGAAGUGCUCGUCGAAUCUUCUGAUACUAAAAUGUAUCCAUUUUCAGACUUGGAUUAUAAAUUGUAUCGAAUGGAUAACAAAGUAGACAAAGUCGGCAACUUAUAUGUCGGCAAACGUUUAGCCACACAAUCCUCUGCCGAUUCGGAAGACGACACAUCAGUAGCCGUCAGUCCUUCAAAAAGCCUUAAUAAUGAUUCAAACCAAUUGAUAGCUCAUGAAAAUGAGUUAAUUUUAUUACAUGAACGAGUCAGACAACAUAUACUUAAUGAAAUGGUUUCAUCUGAUCGGAUAUCAGUUGGAACCGGUGUCGACACUGAACCAGAAGUAGAACAUAAAUCUAAAGAAAUGAAUAGAAAUUUUACUCUUUCACCUGAUAUUACUGAUUGUGACAGCAAUGAAAUAGAAAGUGAACUUUCAUUAGAAGGCAGUUUACUUUCAAACAAAUUAGUAAUGCCUGUACUCGAAGAUGGUCUCUCCAGUGGUGUGCCAUCCAGUGAUAAUGAGUUGGAUGACGAUAAUGAGUCUCCGACACAUAUUUCCAAUUCAAAGAAACAAAUGUGUGAACGACUGGAGAGGGAAUUAGUCGCUAAACUUAAUGCUAAACUUAAGCGAAAUGAUGGCAUUCAAGAGCACCAAAUUGCUUAUAAUAGUCAUCACUCGCACAAUAAAAGUGUCACAACUCAUAAUCAUUACGAUAAUUACCGAAAUGAUACAAAUGAUACACAAAAUUAUUGUCACGAAAAUAAAUCAAAUAUCGAUGAAGUAAGAGAUAAGCAGAUUAGUAGUGAUCAUAAUAAAGAUUGUAAUAAUAUAAAUGAUGGCAACGGUUGCCAACAAAAUGAAUCAUAUGAUUCAAUUUGGGUGCCCAGAACUAAUGAGACAAAUGUCAAUAAGUCAGUCAAUGCCAAUACCGAUGACUCAACUAAUUGUGAACAACAAAAUGUUUCGCGACAUCACCAUCACGACGAAGACUGUGAUACGGAUCAAGAAACUGACCGAUUAUUAGGCGCCCAACGGUGUGAUGACCGCGGCUUCUUUGACCAUAAAGAACGACUUAACUUUAGAUUCACUUCUAUGUCAUCACUGUUUAAGUUAAAUCCCCGAAACAAUGACUACAUUAGAAUUGAGAACUGUUGUGAUGAACAGAGCAAUCCAAAUAAAAGAUCAAAUGCCACACGUGAAGCCUUUAAUUAUGACCCGACAGUCUUGAUUGAAGGCGUCCUAUUUCGUGCCCGAUAUUUGGGAUCAACUCAAUUAGUAUGUGAGGGACAGCCAACUAAAGCCACUCGUAUGAUGCAGGCUGAGGAAGCCGUUUCUAGGAUAAAGGCACCGGAUGGCGAAACUCAACCGAGCACUGAUGUCGACCUAUUUAUCUCUACUGAAAAGAUAAUGGUUCUCAAUACUGAUCUUAAGGAAAUAAUGAUGGAUCACUCGUUACGCACUAUAUCAUACAUUGCAGACAUCGGUGACCUAUUAGUUUUGAUGGCUAGACGAAGAAUAUUGAAUCCAAUGGACGAGUCGAAUGAAUCGGGAAUUAAAAGAAUACCCAAAAUGAUAUGUCAUAUAUUUGAGUCAGAAGAGGCCCAAUUUAUUGCACAAUCUAUUGGACAGGCAUUUCAAGUGGCAUAUAUGGAGUUCCUCAAAGCUAAUGGCAUUGAAGACAGCAGUUUUGUUAAAGAAAUGGAUUAUCAAGAAGUUCUUAAUUCACAGCAGAUAUUUGGCAAUGAAUUAGAAAUGUUUGCCAAAAAGGAAAAACAAAAAGAAGUUAUUGUUCCCAAACAAAAGGGUGAAAUAUUGGGAAUGGUUAUUGUAGAGUCUGGAUGGGGUUCAAUGUUGCCUACAGUAGUCAUUGCUAAUAUGGCACAACACGGACCAAGUGCUCGUUGCGGCCAACUUAACAUCGGUGACCAAAUUAUAGCAAUUAAUGGAGUUAGUCUAGUAGGCCUUCCUCUAUCGACAUGUCAAAAUUAUAUUAAAAAUACAAAAAACCAAACUGUAGUCAAGUUUACAGUAGUUCCCUGUCCUCCAGUGGUUGAGGUUAAGAUUAAACGGCCGGACACUAAGUAUCAAUUGGGAUUCAGUGUUCAAAAUGGAGUGAUUUGCAGUUUAUUACGGGGAGGUAUUGCUGAAAGAGGAGGUGUUAGAGUCGGACACAGAAUCAUUGAAAUCAAUGGACAAAGUGUUGUAGCAGUUCCUCACGAUCGUAUCGUUAAUUUAUUAGCCACUUCUGUGGGAGAGAUACUUAUGAAAACUAUGCCAACUUCAAUGUUUAGACUAUUAACAGGACAGGAAAUGCCUACUUAUAUGUGAUUUUGAUUUUAGUUUUGAUAUCAACGAUUGGUUUCGUUGUUUAUCUUCAUAUGACUUAUUUCGCAUUAAUCUUGAUAUACAUUAAGACCUAAACAGUUGUGCCUUUAUAUGGUAUAUAUCUGCAUAAUUGAGUGCAUUGUGUAGACAAUUGUUUCUUUUAAUGGCUUUUAUUAUAUUCAUCAUUAAAUACAAACUAAUAAUUGAUAAUUGUAUUC